GACCGAAACAGCUCGUUCUUCCCGUUUGCAGCGGAGCCAUGGCUGCCAUUUUAAUGCUUCCUCGAGCCCGCGCGGCCUCCUCUCUCUAAAAUCUCUCUCCUCUCGUUUUUCCCAACUUUUUCUACUUUGAUGAUUCAAAUGUUUUCAGUGAUUCCAAGUGUUUAAUAAGUUCAACUAGAUUUGACGGACUUUUAACACAACGGAGGAUUUUAUUUAUGGAUGUGGAGUAAGGAAGGAGAGAUUGUGAUAAGUGGUACGUACGUACCUGGGGAGAUUGGUUGGAAUGGCGCAGAUCUGCUGCGAAGCGGUGAGUGAGAGCGAGACGACGAAGCCGUGUGAGCCGAGCUCGAGAGCGACGAGGCGGCGGAGAAUCGAGAUGAGGAGGAUCAAGUUUGGUUGCGGCGGUGAGAGUGAAAGUAACGAACAGAAACUGGAUCUCCCUGCGGUCUCGAUGGAGUGCGAUAACGCCGUGGAGAACAGUGACGGCGCGGACGGCGGAGAGCUGGUUCUACGGUCGGAAAGCGAAGGAUCGGGGACGAAAGGGAUAGUGAUUUCGGAUCACCAAGCGACAUUGGUUCCUCCGUUGGUGACGGCUCUGGUUGGUCAGGAUCUUUCGCCGAAGUUUGGCGCAGCGUCGAUUUGUGGUAGGCGGAGAGAUAUGGAGGAUGCGGUCGCGAUUCACCCGUUCCUUUGCCGGAGAGAGCAGGAGUCCGCCACCGAGUUACAUUACUUCGGCGUUUACGACGGCCAUGGCUGUUCUCACGUGGCGAUGAGGUGCAGAGACCGGUUGCAUGAGCUGGUGAAGGAAGAGUUGGGGACAAAGGGAGGAGCGAGAACGGAGUGGAAGAAUGCGAUGGAGAAAAGCUUCGGUCGGAUGGACGAGGAGGUGAUUCUGUGGAACGGAAGCGAGAUGGCCUCCAAUUGCCGCUGCGAGCUGCAAACGCCGGAGUGCGACGCCGUGGGAUCCACGGCGGUGGUGGCUAUCGUUACGCCGGAUAAGAUUAUCGUCGCAAACUGCGGGGAUUCUAGAGCUGUUUUGUGCCGCAAUGGUAGGGCCGUUCCUCUCUCUACCGAUCACAAGCCGGAUCGUCCUGACGAGCUGAGCCGGAUCCAAGCUGCGGGCGGGCGGGUUUUAUACUGGGACUGCCCCCGAGUCGGCGGUGUUCUUGCCAUGUCAAGAGCCAUUGGUGAUAAUUAUUUGAAGCCAUCUGUUAUCUGUGAGCCAGAAGUGACAAUCACAGAUCGGACAAUGGAGGAUGACUGUCUUAUACUCGCUAGCGACGGACUGUGGGACGUGGUUUCGAAUGACACAGCUUGCGGCGUGGCGCGAAUGUGCCUCAGAGGGAUGGCACUAGUGGGCGAGUCUACAAGCAAUUCGUGCUUGUUGGAUGGUGAAAGCGUCAGACAAAAUGCCGACAAGGCUUGUUCAGACGCGUCGAUGCUGUUGACGAAAUUGGCCUUGGCGAGGUGUAGCAGUGACAACGUGAGCAUAGUUGUCAUCGAUCUCAAGAGGGGCAUUUAGCGGUAUCGUAUCAUUUCCUUUGAUAGAUCUGAUCCAUGUGUUAUCAUCCAUGGAAAAAAAAUCAACUUCAUUUGAUAAGUGUAAAUAUGUGCAGGCCACAAGAUGGCUAACGGGAUAGUUCCGUAAAGGGGGUAAGGAGUAGAACGGAAUCGAAUGAGGCUGGGAGUGGUUUUUUCGUGUUUUUUUUAUAACCGAGUGUGCGGACCAAGUUAUGUUGUCCCCAACUAAUUUGAGCUCUGAAGUGAAUCCAAUGGCCUGAGAUUAAGAGUGUCUUAUGCAUCUAUGCCAAAAUGAUGCAACCAA